GUGACACAAAAAUCUACCAUUCAUGAUGUUAAGCAGAAAUUUCACAAAGCAUGUCCACAGUGGUAUCCUUCUCGAAUAGGCCUGCAGCUAGAACGUGGUGGGCCCUUUCUGAAGGACAACUUAACCAUUCAAAGUGUUGCAGCUUCCUCCAUUGUCACACUCUAUUUUACAGACCUAGGUCAACAAGUCAGUUGGACUACAGUAUUUUUGGCUGAAUACACAGGACCUCUGCUAAUAUAUCUCCUCUUUUAUUUGAGGAUCCCGUAUAUAUAUGACAUGAAAGAGAGCUCUAGAAGAUUAUGUCACCCAGUGGUACACUUGGCCUGCUUCUGUCAUUGUAUACACUAUAUCCGAUACCUUUUGGAAACCUUAUUUGUUCACAAGGUUUCUGCAGGACAUACACCUUUGAGAAAUUUGAUAAAGAGUUGUGCCUUUUAUUGGGGAUUCACUUCUUGGAUUGCCUACUACAUUAAUCAUCCACGGUAUACACCACCAUCAUUUGGAUACAGGCAAGUCGCAGUAUCUGCUAUCAAUUUUCUGAUUUGUGAAGCUGGAAAUCAUUUCAUCAAUGUAGUGCUGGCUCAUCCCAGUCACACAGGAAAUAAUGCCUGUUUUCCAAGUCCAAAUUAUAACCCCUUUACAUGGAUGUUUUUCCUGGUUUCAUGUCCUAACUACACCUAUGAGAUUGGAUCAUGGAUUAGUUUCACAAUCAUGACACAAACAUUGCCAGUUGGGAUUUUUACACUUCUGAUGAGUAUCCAGAUGUCUCUGUGGGCACAAAAGAAACAUAAGAUUUAUCUGAAGAAAUUCAAUUCUUAUAUGCGUAGGAAAUCAGCAAUGAUUCCAUUUAUACUGUAAGAAAAAUAAGUGAUCUUAUCUCAUGUACAGAAAAGCAGUAUAUUAACUCACUAAAUGAAAUUUGACCAAGGGUAAUUGUCUAUUAUGUUCCAGAAAUUCACAUACAAUAGUAUUUUUGCUUAUAUAAAAAUAUAUAAGAGCAAAUAUAUAUAAAUUUAUAUAUCAAUAUAGUAAUUUAGCUGAAUUUAGGGUAAUAAACUUGAGGCAAAUGAAAAGUUGAAAUUAUAAAUAUGGCUAAUUGAAAAUAGCAUCCUGUGUGUUUGCAAGGGACUGAUCCUUGAAUGAGAUGUUCUUACUUCAUUAAAUCUUUCAUAAUACUAUUGGCUUAAGACAAUUUAAAAUAUUUGAAUUCUAUAAAGUGGAUACUGCAAUAUUUCAAAUGAAUUUUACAUGUUAUUUUGAGAGUAAUUGAACAGAGAGUUCAAUAUGUUACUGGGAAAUUUCAGAUGUCUUGAAACUAUUAUGUCAGUAGUUCAAUUUUACCUAUAUUAAAAGUUAAAUAUUUGUAAUUAGCUAUGCAUCUUAGUUAUUCAUAAUACACAUUGUAUGUCAUUCUGGAAAUACAACAAUCAAAAUAUUUUAUAGGCAUUACUUAUUAAACAUAACUAUAAACUAUAUACAUAUUUAUAUUUACAUAUAGAUCAUGUUUAUAUGUGAAUAUAGAAAUAGAUAUAUUCCAAAUGGACAAUAUGUGAUGAUGAGGAAAGUGUGCAUUAGAACGUUGAGAUUAAGAGUGAAAAGAUAUUUUCUUUAUUUUCACAUUUUUAAAUUUCUAUGUCUCCUCAAAUCCAGUGUAUUAAGAUUGUGCGUGUAAAUAUACAUAUAUACUUUGACAGAGAUGAAUUAUAUUAUAAAAAUUAAAUACAUAUUCAUUAAAAGUUUAAAAGAAAUCUUUACUCAUAUUUAAAUUGGGUCUCUUUACAUUGGUUAAUUUCUAGAGUCUUUCCAGUUAUUGGAUAUAAAUGUAUCUAAAUAGAUGGAUACAUAGACAUACAUAUAUCAAAAUAUUAUUAUGAAAACUCUUAGAUAUUUAGAUAUUUGACAAAAUAUCCUUGGUAAAGGUGGGUCUGAAUGAAUUUUGUAGGGUUUUU